AUGAUCGACAUGGAAGUGCACACGAUUUCCAGCCCAAAGGAAGAAGAAGGCGAUGAAUGUAUUUCGCCCAGCAGCCGUCCGCAUAGCAAAUCACCUGAAAGCGAGUUGGAGAAAAUCAAAGAUACGCUCAAUUCUAGCUUCGCUAUCACGGAAGACGAUUUGAUAUCUUCCACCUUAAAUUGCAGUUUGACAAACUCCUGUCCCGAUUUGUCGGAAGCUCAGAAGCAACAGUUAAUCGGUUUUGCUCAGUUCCAGUCGACGUCGGACGACUGCCAACAUUCCCAGCAAAAUUUGUUCCUCAACGACGACUUCGAAUUCGACGCGAACCCGGUUCUGAUGGGCAUCAUGGAGAACCUGGCGAGCGACGAGAAGAUCAGAUCACCAAGGGUGCAAAAGGUGGACGAGGACAUCAAGCGCGAGCUGCGCUUGAACGAGAAGUUGGCCAAGUACGCGAAGGGCAGCAACCUGACGGCAGGACCGACCGCAAGGUCCAAGGACGAGGACACGAUGAUCGAAAAGCUGGCCAACGCUACGUCCGGCACUGACGUCAAGGUGCAAGGGGAGCCGGUGAAAAGCAUCAUGGAAGAGAUCGAAGAGAAGGCGUUCUACCAGUGCAAGAAUAAGAACAGACAGUUGUUCAGGAUGCCCUGCGCCUCGCCCGUCGAAACCGUUAUCCUGUGCCAAAACGGCAAAACCGCGACUGCCGUCAACACCCAGUCCAAGAGCGAAGACGGCGAUCAGUGGCACGGCUUUGGCUCCCUCAUCCCUCGAGCUACUUACGUUGAGGACGACAUGGAGGACGACGAUAUGCACGUCAUCGUCAAUUCACUCGAGUCUGCGGAAGUAAACGCGGUAGAACUGAAAAAGAAUAAACAUGCUGCUGGAAUAAUUGCCAACGGCAAGCCUCACUUCAUAGAACGACGUCACAGCUUCCCUCAUAACUUUCCCGUCACGGUGCCGCUGAACGCGUUGAUGAUCCACGGUGCUGACCAGCUGGCAAUCGGCGACGUUACCUACCGCCUACAGUAA